AUGACCCCCACCAGCGGGGUCCUGGUGCCUGGAUGCCGGGCCGCAUCCACACCCCCACAGGGCCUCCCACAGCCCGAAGGGCCUUCGGAGUCCACGAGCACACCAUGCCGGGCCCAGGAGGACGUCUGGGGGCGCCCCGAGCAGCCGCCGCCUCCUCUGCGCUCCCUGGCAGAGUCCAGGACCGCCUCCCUGGCGGCUUCAAAGUCUGCCCCUCCAGGCGCAGCGCGGGGAGAGCGGAGAGCUGGACCUGGGGGCCCCCCCACCGCGCCAGGCGCCCCGGGGCCCAGCCCUGGGGGCGCCUGCCCGGAGGCCCGCUUCAAACAGGCCGCCGCGCGCGCAGAGCCGGGGACGCAGGCCCGCGCGGGAGGGGCGGCCGCUCUGAAGUUGCCGCCACAUCAAAGCGCGCGCCGCGCCGGGUGCCGCCCGCGGCCCCUCCUCUCUCGCCCCCAGGCCGAGCUCCGGGGCGCCGAGCGGCACCGCGGCUUCCUCGGGCUCUCCUCCCGGGGCCGAGCUCCCCAGCCUCCGCUCCUCCCCGGGCUGCUGGGGACGCCCGCGUCGCGCGCCCAGGCUUCGCGCGACACCCACCCUGGGGGCACCCACGCUUCCGAGCUCCCCGCGACACCCUCACACCCCGCGCCGCGCUCCUCCGGGGCCGGGAAGGAGGCCGCGACGGGAGGACUCGAGCCGGGGGCGCGCCGCACCGCGCGGCUCACUCUCAAUAUAGACGCCGCGGCUUCCUGCGCCCACCAGCGCCAGGCAGAGAGCAAAAGGCCCUUGGUCUGCCCGUCCACUGCGUACAAGUGGACCCACAUCCGGGCUCGGCCUCUCAAAGACUGGACACAGAGAAGGAAGGACUCGUGGGACAGAGAGGCCGGCGCGGAGCCUCAGAGCAGCGCGGAGGACAGGCCGGCGCGGAGCCUCAGAGCAGCGCAGAAGAGAGGCCUGCGCGGAGCCUCAGAGCAGCGCGGAGGACAGACCGGCGCGGAGCCUCAGAGUAGCGCGGAGGACAGGCCUGCGCGGAGCCUCAGACAGGAAGUCAGCGCGGAGGACAGGCCGGCGCGGAGUCUCAGAGCAGCGCGGAGGACAGGCCGGCGCGGAGCCUCAGAGCAGCGCGGAGGACAGGCCGGCGCGGAGCCUCAGAGCAGCGCGGAGGACAGGCCGGCGCGGAGCCUCAGAGCAGCGCGGAGGACAGGCCUGCGCGGAGCCUCAAACAGUAAGUCAGCGCGGAAGGCAGGCCGGCGCGGAGCCUCAGAGCAGCGCGGAAGAGAGGCCGGCGCGGAGCCUCAGACAGGAAGUCAGCGCGGAAGACAGGCCGGCGCGGAGCCUCAGAGCAGCGCGGAGGACAGGCCUGCGCGGAGCCUCAGAGCAGCGCGGAGGACAGGCCUGCGCGGAGCCUCAGAGCAGCGCGGAGGACAGGCCGGCGCGGAGCCUCAGAGCAGCGCGGAAGAGAGGCCGGCGCGGAGCCUCAGAGCAGCGCGGAAGACAGGCCGGCGCGGAGCCUCAGAGCAGCGCGGAGGACAGGCCUGCGCGGAGCCUCAGACAGGAAGUCAGCGCGGAAGACAGGCCGGCGCGGAGCCUCAGAGCAGCGCAGAAGAGAGGCCGGAGCGGAGCCUCAGAGCAGCGCGGAAGAGAGGCCGGCGCGGAGCCUCAGAGCAGCGCGGAGGACAGGCCUGCGCGGAGCCUCAGACAGGAAGUCAGCGCGGAAGACAGGCCGGCGCGGAGGACAGGCCUGUGAAGCCUCAGACAGGCCGGCGCGGAGCGCGCGAGCUGAAGUCAGUGCAGAAAACAGGCUGGCGUGGAGCGCGCCGGCCGCAGAGCUGCGCGGAAGAGCGCGCCAGCCUGGCCCUCACCGGCCCCCUGCGAGGGUCUCCCCAGCGGCCCCGGGCAAAGACUUCUAGAGCCACCUCUAAAGAAAUAACAGCUGGGCCCUGGGCUCACAGCAAGCCGCUGGCUGCAGCCCCCACGGGCCUCAGGGACCCCUGCCCCCAGCCCCAGUACCACCUGCCUCCUGCCCAAAAGAAUCCGAAUCCGCCAACGCCGGCUGCUUCCCGGAGCCGAGGAGACCGGCAAUUCCCAGGAGAAACACCAGUGUCUGACACACCUAGGCAGGAACCCUGGCUGGACGGGAGCCAGACAGAGCGGUGCGCAGACCUGGGGCCCAAGACACUCCAGGUGUGGCCCCAGCCCAGGAGCGGGGAGCCAGAGCCAGGAGGGGCUGCAGGCAGAGCUGGGGGCCCUCCCCAGCUGCCCAGCUGCCCAGCUGCCCUGUGGGUCUGGGAGGCAGGGACGGGUGGGAGCAGAGACAGCCUGGGGCUGCAGCACGACGCCCCCACCCCUGUGGUCACCAUGUUCCCCCCAGGUCCUUCCAAAGGCCACUGCCCCGGCACCCAGCCAUGUGGGGGUGUCCAGGACCCCUGCACAGGGGGGACCCACUCGGGGCUGCAGAAGGAUGUGCUCCCGGCAGGCAGAGCGGAGUCUGCAUGCAGGGUCAGGGCCAGGGGGGCCGAGGUGCCCCCACCCCAGGCUGACGGGAGAAGGCCAGGAGGUUCAGGGCCCAGCCAGCAGGCCGCCCUCUCCCCAGAGACGCUGACCCCAGCUCAGCAGCGUGCAGUUGCCACGGUGACAACAGGGCGGCGCCCCCUCCGUGUCCCCGUCCCGCCAGCCACCUCCCCAUGCCCCAGGAGCCCUGGAGCAGGGGCAGAAGGUGAACGCUCCUCCCCAGCUGAGGUCCCCUGGCCGACACCCAGAGCGAGGGCAUCACAGCCCCGCAUCCAGGCUGAGGCUUUCCCGAAGGCAGCGGGCCCCCGGGACCCCUCAGCCACGCCACCGAAAGCCCACCGGCCUGGCCAGCGUCUCUGCAGGGCAUCCACCUGCUGCAUGCUCAGCAACCCCCGGUCGGAGGGACCCCCUCCCGCCCUGCUGGUCUCCUCGGGGGACCACGGCCGCGAUGCCCCGGAGGGACUGCGGCCCUGUCUGGGGGGCACAAGCGCUGUGGAGCCGUUAGCCCUGGUGUGUGCGUGA